GUUUUCUGAAGCUUUCCAGUUUCCAAAUUUUCUAAACUUUUUUCCUACUAUUUUGAUUUUCACCUCUCUUUUGUGGUUUUGUUGAAGAUCCACACAAAAAAGCUUCCACCAUUUUUUUUUCUGAGCUUCCAUUUUUAAGCUAUUUUCUUGAUUUUUUGGGUUUCACUGGAAGAAGAAGGAUAAGAAAAAAUGGCAGGUGAUGGCGUAGAAAAUGCAAAGCCACCGCAGAAACAGGAAGAUCUUCAGCCUCAUCCGGUGAAGGAUCAACUUUACGGUAUCACUUACUGCCUCACAAGUCCUCCUCCUUGGCCGGAGACAAUACUUCUGGGGUUUCAACACUACUUAGUGAUGCUUGGAACAACUGUUCUCAUUCCAACAAUGUUAGUUUCAAAGAUUGAUGCAAGAAACGAAGAUAAGGUAAAGUUGAUUCAGACGUUGCUCUUUGUGUCUGGAAUCAACACGUUAUUUCAAAGCUUCUUUGGGACUCGUCUUCCUGCUGUCAUUGGAGCUUCUUACUCUUAUGUGCCAACUACAAUGUCAAUCGUCUUAGCUGCUCGUUACAAUGACAUUAUGGAUCCUCAAAAGAGAUUUGAACAGAUCAUGCGUGGAAUCCAAGGUGCUCUUAUUAUUGCCUCAUUUCUUCAUAUCCUUGUUGGUUUCAGUGGCCUUUGGCGCAAUGUUACUAGGUUUUUGAGUCCCUUAUCUGCAGUUCCUCUUGUAGCCUUUUCUGGCUUUGGACUCUAUGAACAAGGAUUCCCUAUGCUAGCAAAAUGCAUUGAGAUUGGACUGCCUGAGAUCAUACUUCUUGUCAUAUUCUCACAGUACAUUCCUCAUCUGAUGCAAGGAGAAACAUGUUCUAACUUCUUCCACCGAUUUGCUGUGAUAUUCUCAGUGGUGAUUGUGUGGCUUUAUGCAUACAUUCUAACCAUUGGUGGGGCUUAUAGUAACACAGAAAUCAAUACUCAAAUCAGUUGCAGAACCGACCGUGCUGGCAUCAUUAGCGCUUCUCCAUGGAUUAGAGUGCCUCACCCUAUUCAAUGGGGAGGAGCUCCAACUUUCAAUGCAGGGGAUAUUUUUGCUAUGAUGGCUGCUUCUUUCGUUUCUCUUGUCGAGUCUACAGGGACAUACAUUGCUGUAUCGAGAUAUGCAAGUGCAACACCAAUCCCACCUUCUGUGCUUAGUCGUGGAAUCGGUUGGCAGGGAUUUGGAAUUCUUCUCUGUGGAUUAUUUGGAGCAGGAAAUGCAACAUCCGUGUCUGUAGAGAAUGCCGGCUUGUUGGCUGUAACACGCGUUGGUAGUAGACGUGUAAUUCAAGUAGCAGCUGGAUUCAUGAUCUUCUUCUCCAUUCUUGGUAUUUCUCUCAGCUAUUACUGAACAUACAACUCUGAAGCUGUUACAUAGAUAAACACAAUUGAUUUGCAAUCAUUUCCAGGUAAAUUUGGGGCUAUCUUUGCUUCGAUUCCAGCUCCUAUCGUCGCAGCUCUUUACUGUUUGUUCUUCUCAUACGUUGGUGCUGGUGGUCUAAGUCUAAUCCAGUUCUGCAAUCUGAACAGUUUCAGAACUAAGUUCAUUCUUGGAUUCUCCAUCUUCAUGGGCUUAUCCAUACCUCAAUACUUUUACCAGUACACAACUUUGGAAACCUAUGGACCCGUUCGGACAUCCGCAACAUGGUUCAACAACAUUAUAAACGUUCCUUUCUCAUCUAAAGCAUUUGUUUCCGGGAUUUUGGCCUUCUUUCUAGACACGACAUUGCCUCCAAAGGACAAGACGACAAAGAAAGAUCGAGGACUAGUUUGGUGGAAGCGAUUUAAAUCGUUCCAAUCUGAUAACAGAAGCGAAGAGUUCUACUCUUUGCCUCUCAAUCUCAGCAAGUACUUUCCUUCUCACUGAUGAAAUGGCAUUGUAAACUUCAAGAAACAGAGUUUGAUCGAUUCAGUGUCCUGUUUCCCGCACUUGUUUCAGUACUGAUCUCACAUCUCUACUUGUGUCUUCAAAAAAUAUGUGAUUAGUUAGCUUCAAAACGUUAAUAACAGUACUAAGUGAUACAUCGAAUUCG